AUGAACGUAGAUCCUCACUGUUCUAGAUGUGGAGCGAGUGUCGAGAGCCCUGACCACAUCAUAUUACACUGCCCUUUCACAAAAGCAGCUUGGUUUGGCAGCCUGUUAGCAUUUCGGGUUCCUGCUGAUGAUCAGUUCUCGAUUCAAGAUUGGAUUGAAGGCUGGCAUGAAUGGGGUAAAGUAGGGAAGAAGAGAUUCAAGGAACUCAGCUGUUACUGCACCUUUCUAGCCUGGUCACUUUGGUUGGCUCGCAAUGCGCUUAUGAUGGGUAGGGCCAAAAUGAAACCUCAGGAGGUCCUUCAAGCAGCUGCAACUGCAUACCAUGAGUUUCUAAACUGUCUCAGUCCUCCCCACUCGCAGGACCGUAGGCCCAACCCUAUGACCAGCAGUAUCGCUGCCUGGCAACCACCACAACGGCCUUUCAUUUUACUGACCACUGAUGCGUCUUGGUCUUCAGACCAAAAGGUGUGUGGCCUUGGGAUUAUUCUUAGGGACUCUCAUGGGGCCCUGGUAUUUGCUAAAACUGAGAUCAACAGCUUUGACAGUAUUGUGUUGGGGGAAGCUCUUGCAAUUAGACUUGGACUUCUUGAGGCAAUCUCUGAGGAUGUGCAGUUUCUGAAGGUGGAAUCGAAUAACCAACAGGUCAUUUCAUACAUAAACAACAAGAACAAGCUAGCUCCACUCACUCUUCAACCUGUGAUCGCAGAUAUUCUGCAUGUUGCUACGUACUUUAGUGAAUGUGUUUUCACUUUUAUUCCUAGAGAGGCAAAUGUAGUUGCCGACUCUCUAGCUAGGAAGGCCUUGUCUACGAUGCGUACGACAGUGUGGCCGCUUUCCACUCCGUGGUUAAAGGAGAUGUGUAAUCUUCCAACCAUGUGCUCUUCGCAUCUUAAUGAAUAG